AUGGCUGUCUGUGGGGACGUAGGGUUCCUCACCUUCUUCUUCAAGCAGCUGGAACCGAACCGGAGCGGCCGCUACGAAACCGAAUUCCCUUUCCUCUCGCCGUGCGGUCGGGAGCGGAAUUUCCUGCGGUGCGACGAUCGGCCCGUCGUCUUCACCCAAAUCCUGCCGCGGGCCGGUAAAAUCCCGCUCCUCUCCUACUGCGGCGGCGGCGAACGCCUGGUCGUGCCCUUCCAACCGGAAAGUUUGAUGGUUUUACCGGAAAACGGGCGGCUCUACCAUCCGGCGCCGGCGAAAGCGGGCGGCGUGGGUUUGGUGCGUUCGGCGUUGGCUUAUGAGUGGAGUCCCUGCUUCGAGUACGGCCGCGGCCCGGCGCAACCCCCGACGCAUUUUAUCUGGGAAGGGCGGCGUUACCGGCUCACCGAGGAAUUGUUGCCGUUGCUUCGUGCCGGCGGAUCGGGUUGUGCCGGGGAAUCGCCGGCUGUCCCCGUCACCCCACCUCAGGGCUGA